AGUCGCUUUCAAAGUUCGAGCAGCCGUUUUGCAGUCGCUCCUGUCAUUAGAUAACUUUUCCAUGUGAUUAUCGGUCCAUCGGACUUGCGGUGUUCUCUACUUCGGCGCGCACAGUUUUUCACCCCCAAAUCGGCACCAAUAAUGUGAAAUUCGGUUCUAAUCGCGUUUCCGCAUGUGAAUUGAUUGUUCCGCCAGUGAAUAGCAGUAAAAUCCAGAACCCCGCGGUUGAUUGUGCAGUGACAAUUUCCGAAAGCCGAAAAUAGCCAUCUCGGGAAAUAUUUUCACGUGAAGAAAACGAUCUGCUGCUGCCUCUAGUUAGUGGUCGUCGCCUCCUUUGCUGGGUGUGUGUGGGGGGAUAAGGCAGAGAGCAGCACACAGAAGGAGGAAGAAAAAGAGGAGCGAUCAAACAGAGAGUGAAAUAUCAGCAACAGUCGCGUGUUUCUUCGGAGAAGGGAAUAAGAAUUUUAAAGGUGUGGAAUAUUGGAAAAUUUGGCCGAUUUUGGAUGGUAAUCCGAUGUGAAGAUUGCGCGGAAUGGAAGUUCCCCGAGUGUAACUUGGAAUCGAUCCUUCGAGUGCUGAUGGAGAACAGUAGGCAGUGAAUGGUAUGUGUUGGUUGCCUAGGGCAGAGGGAAAAUAUUCAAAAUGUCAACAACGUGGUGCGGAAAUAAAGUGGAAAAUCAGCCGAAUUUGCGUUCAGUUGUCGAGAUUUGAAGUGAUUUCCUAUUGUUUUGUAUGAGAGGUUGGUGAUGCGAUAUUGCUAUUGCAUUUUGAUGUUCUGACUCGCCUGGAAUCAGAAGGAUUCCGGAAGACAACGUGGGCGAUUUGGAGCUGCCAUAAGGAUUGUAAACAAAACACGAGGCCUCUUCCAGUCUGCAAGUAGUGACCUGGGUGAGACAGUACUGGUAGUCUCCAACCAAUCGCGCCCAAUACCACGACGAAAUCUCGGUUCUGGGGAAGCGAAAUCUUCCAGAACCGAGAUAAUCCUCCAGCCCCGUCAGUGCACAACCCCAACAGAGAACCGGAGGCGCAGUGUAUAGACCUAGCUCAAUAGUAAAAGUCAUGGAGUCUAGAAUAUUGAAUGCAGCUGCUGCGAGGGCAGCUCCCACCUCAGCACAUUUUAUCGGAAGCAAUAGGAAUCACGCCUUUGCCGGUGGUUACCAGCAGUUCACUAGCGAAAAAACCAUUCGUAGCCUGCAGUACACCAUACCGGCUGUUGGGCACCACUAUGGUAAUGCGUUCGCUCCCGAUGGCGAGGACGACGAUGACGAUGAAGACGGUUUAGGUCCCGUUACCCUAGGCACGUAUAGUCAAUCAAUGAAUGUAGCCAGCACCACCGAUGGGGAAUGCUAUGAUGAAGAGGAGGAAGAAAUGGAUGAGGACGUCGAAAUGUCGCCAGCUAUCGAGGUGAUCUCGAUCGAUCCGAACUGUGACUAUGAUACCGAUGAAGAAGAGGAGCAAGAAAUCGAAGAAACGAUAGUAGAAGAACACCCACCUGUACCGUAUCAAGAAGUUAUUACCAAUGACGUUCCCAUUGCGGAACAAGCUCCAAGUAUAGGGGAACAAAUUGUAGAACAAACAGUAAUUGUACAGGAAACAGUGCUUGAAAAUGUGCGCGCUCAAGUAGAGUUAGAAGGAGAUGUGAUAGAAGGUUUGGAAAGUGAUGACAUAGAGCCAGAGUUGGAGAACAUUCAUCGCGAUUCUGAUGAGGAAGGUUCCGAUAGUGAUAGCAGUAGCGAUAGUAAUAGUAGUAGCGACAGCAGCAGUGAUAGCGACAGCAGCAAAAAUAGUCAUAGCAGAAGCAAAAGCAGUUCAUCCAGCUCGUGUAGCAGUAGUAGGUCCACGUCCACUGCAUCCAGUCAUCCGAGUGACUUUGUUCAUGGAUCUGAUGAGGAGGAUGAAAAGUCAGUGCAGCGGGAAAAUUUAGCAAAGGUUAUAGAACGCCGCAAAUUGAUGGCGAUAGAACGUCGCAAACGCACGACUAGUAUAAACAGAAAAUCGUUUUCGCUGCCACACUCACCGGUAGGUGGUGCCAGUGGUGGCGUACUGCAUGACAUGACAAGUUUAAGCUUCGAGGAUCUGGAUGUAUCGGCCAUAGUAAAUGACCUGAGCCCUUUGAAGGUGCCGAUACGUGCCAGUGAAUCUGAUGAUAAAUUGGUGCAGGAGCUAGCAGAGAACAAUUUCGAUCUUGCUGCCUACAUUACAGAGGAUGAUUUUGUGACAACUGACUCGGAGAAACGGGAAGCACAAAAUCAAAAACCAAAACUUUCCCCGGUGAAAAAGGCUCCCAAAUCUCGCGGGAAGCAAUUAAAAAUGCUAAGAGAACUGAUGAUUUCACCAAAGUCAGACAGCCAUGAAGCCGGGUUUUCAAAGAGGACCUGCACAAACAAAGCGAAACGGAUAGUAGAGGACAGCGGUUCAGAUUCCGAUGAAUCCGAGUCCGAAAACGACACCAGAACAUGCGUUAAGAUUUUCGGAAUUGAAAGAAUGAUCGGCAAACCAAAGCGAAAAGACGACGACACAAAAGCGGAUCCCACGUGGAAUCCCAACGGAACGGUAACUGCCAAGCAGACACCAAAACUUGCUCAGACCCAGAAAUCUAUUGCACCGCCAUUAAUUGCACCAGUACAACAGUCAAUCAAACGCGAAGUUAGUGAUACAAAGCCCCAGGCGGCACCAGUCAAAACCAGUGAAUCCACAAAAUCUGUAAAUAAUACGAACAACAAAAAUAAAUUGCUUAGCGCUGGAUCGCAAUUAGCACGUAACAAAAUGCUUUCACUGAUGGCUAAAAACAAACUACCAAUGCAAGCAGCUAAACAGCAUUCAAAGUCAACCGGAAGUGUCAGUAACAGUAGUAGUAACAGUAAUCAGAAUAAGUCAUCCGAACCACCAAAAAAGAAACCGCCGGCCGUGAACAAUAACGUGAAACUUGAUCACGAUUACUGCUCCCCGAAAAAAGGUUCCAGUCAAAAUCCGCUAGCCUCGGUGCCGCAGCGGAAAGCGAUAGAAAUUCCAUUCUUAUUACCUACUUUGGAUCAGCUCCGGCAGAAGAAAAAGCUCUCGAAAAAUAAGCAACGGCUUGAAGCCACCAGUAAGAAAGCCAAAACGACCGGUGGCGACUGUGAUAAGAAGGAUAAGGAACCCAGUCAAUGUAGUAGCGAACAGCGGACCAGCAGUGAAACCAAAAGCAUUGUUACUCCGGUUAUAAAACAAGAAGUUUCGAUUAAGGAAGAACCGAAAGAACGGAUAGAAACAAAUGCAAAUAGACUGAUCCCUGCCCAAACGCAACCGACGAAACAAGUCUCCUUACUGAAAGUUAAUCAAAACAAACCAAACGGUGUGCAAACGUCCCCAACGGCCGCGUGCAACAUCAAAGAAGAACCGUCUGACGAGAAACCCAAGGCUGAACCAAUCAAUGCAACCAGUAGCAGUAGCAACGAAUCUAUUGUUAAAGUUAAGAAGAAACUAAACCUUCAGGAAUACAAAAAACGUCGUGAGCACCCGGGUGAUGAUGGAACCGUGCAGGUGAUGGUUACGGAAAGUUGUAGUAAAAGCAGCAUCACCAGCACAUCGACCGUCAGUGAAUGCAGCAGUAGGGAAGAGCUAGACAAUGCACCGAUUGCGACGCAGCUGGAGCCAACGAAACAAUCGAAAUGUAAAACUCCUUUGGAUCCCAUUUCAGCGGCGAAGCUCAAAGCUCUACGUAUGCAACAGCUCAAGAAAGAAGCUGCUAUCAAGUCAACGGAAGCCAAAAUCAUCCCGAAAACUGUCCCGCAAAUUGUACCCCUAGUUGAGAUAACAUCGAUCAAAUUUGAUGAACACGGGAACCCUAUGCCGUACGACAAAAACGCCGAAAAGGAUGCCAACGAACUGAAACUGCACAAGGAUUACGAAGAACUUAUAAUAGUUUCAAUGGGUUGUAACACAGACGUUAGCAUCAACCCACGUGAACCGAAUAAGGAAAUGGUCAAAACGGAACAAAAGGACAAAAACAUUCCGAAGAAUGAGCUACUGUCUAAUAUUUCCGAUACGAUCAAGCGGUGUCAGUCGUCGGCUCCAGCAAUCAUUUCCAGUAGUUCGUUAAUAUCCAGCAUCCACGAAGUUGUGAUUCGAAAGAAAACCUGCAAUAAGACUGAGACAAAUGAUGUUGCUACAGCAACUUCGGCGGAGAAACGGCCGGUUGGUGGAGGUCAAGCCAAUCAACAAGGAUCUCCGAAUGUUGGUGUUUCUCCGCCCAAUGCAUUCUCUCCUGGUAAGCCGGAAAAAGCAGGCGGAUCAUAUGAACAAUCACCCUCGUUUGACUACGAUGACGGUCAGCUGCAGCAGACUGCCGAAAAGGUCAAACCAAGUGAACAUGGUGAAGACAAAAUUAUUAUGCAUUUACGGAAGGACCGACAACGUUUGAAGGGAGUUUCAAUAGCCAUUCAAACCUUGCCGGUAGAUCGCUUUCCGGAACUGAAACGGUUAUCUCCUGUCAAGAAAGAGCGUACUGUGUCUCGAAGUAGCUGUGGAUCAGCUCAGCGAAGCCACAGUCGUCAAAGUACCGAAAGGAGUCGCGACCGUCUACGACGCCAGUAUCGAAGACGUCGAAGCAGGAGUUCGUCUUCGGAACCCGAAACUCGCACUAGGUCUUCCAAUUCUUUCCGGAAAAGUAUGCAGCGAUCAUCUUCCCGAAGAAGUCGCAGCAGAUGUAGUAGUUCCAGACGUAGAUCCCGUUCCCGAUCCCGAUCGAGAUCUAGGUCAUACAGACGUCGCAGUCGAAGCGAUUCACAUCGUCGACGAUCCAGUGUGUCGUCCGAACGGCGUCGUUACUAUGAAAGAGACUAUUCCCGGCGCAGCAGUAGGAGGAGACGGUCACGAAGCUCCUCAUCGCAUUAUUCUUCUAGCAGUAGUGUUAGUUCUAGAUCGCGAUCGCGAUCGGUAUCGCGCUCCAGCAGAUCACGAUCACGAUCUUUGUCCCGUCCUUCUUCUCGCGCAAGGAACCCAUCCCAUAAUGAAUAUCGUCGUCCAGCGCAGUCGCCAGAGAGAAAAAUCGUUUACGUGGGUCGACUAGAGCCGGCGUUAAAACGUGAGGAUCUCAAGCGAAAGUUCAUGCAAUAUGGGCGUAUCAAGCAGGUCACAUUGCAUUAUAAGGAAUCCGGUGCAAAGUAUGGAUUCGUCACGUUCGAGAAGCCACAAGAUGCAUACAAAGCUAUCGACGCAAGUUCGAAAGACCCAGCUCUGAGCGAAUAUGAUGUAAGCUUUGGCGGCAGAAGGGCGUUCUGUCGCACGGAAUAUGCCGAUCUUGAUGGUGACCUUUCGCAGGACCAUGAAGCUGUUGUUCCAUUCAUAGCACCGGAUGGGUCCUUGAUGAUGGCUCCUAAUCCGAUGACCGUAAUGCCGCGAAAGGACGAAGGCGACUCCUUCGAGGAAUUACUGAAGAAACUGAAAAAGGAAAUCAGUGCCAAAAAGCCACGCAAGUCAUGACCGCGAAGCAACGAUCCGACCCGCAUGAUGUGUGCUGGUUUUUCUGCAACCACAAAAGGUACUCUGGUGCAGCAUCAGCACCGAAACGAAAAUACCUCCAGGAAAAAUUGUUUUUCUUUUUUAAUGUCUACCCGAUACUACUUCAAACUUACUUACGGGUUUAAUGUUAAAAUUUUAUUCUAAACAUUAUUGCAAUCACGUUCAACAGUGUCUUUUUACUUUAACUUUGAUUCGUUAGCUUUCGAUUUUCCAAUUUUGUCACGUGCAAUGCAACGUAAUUCAACAUCUACAGUUUUUGAUUGUGCAACGAUAGAGAAAAUGAUGUUUGAUUUAUUUCUACUGUCACCGGUGCCAUUGCAAAGUAAUCAUUGUAAUAUAUCAAAAGACAAAUAUUAUUUUACAGGGAAUCGGGAGAGGCGAUUUACAAGAUACAAAAAGAUUUUUUUCCAGAUGUUUUGUCAAAUGCAAUGCACGUUCAACUAAAUACAUUGCAUCUAUUUGUAGCAGUACUACAAUUCUAUGGUAAAAGUAACCCACCCUCCCACAUCGAGGUAGAAUAUACCGCUCUAUAAAGUUGUUUUAUGUUUUUCAAAAUUAUAAAAUUCAAAAUAUAACACCCCUGUUCAACCAAUAGGCAGGGUCCUAAACUCGAUUUGAUGUAUAACAUUCAAGCGCUAUUGUUUAAAAAUUGUUUAUUAAGUUAAUUUGUACAUGAUCGCAAAAAUAAACUGUUAUCGAAAAUAUCUUCCAGCGAAACAAUAUACUUACCUACUUGGCUUAAAUUUUAAUAUGCUUUUAAGCAUAUCCAAUGACAGUGGAAGAAAUUAGAUCCCAGCCGUAAGUUUACCGGUUUUAUGAAAUCAACAUACUCGUUUGUUCAGUUCUUCAAAGUUCUUCUCCAUUCGGGAGAAGUGAGACACUGAUUAUAUAUUGUUAGGAUAAAAUAGCAAAACGGCGACGAUUAAAUAUUAAAAUCUGUGAUUUUUGACUAUGUAAUAAAACGAACGUGUUUCAAACCCUGA